CGGGCGGUCCCGCUCGUGAGCCCGAGCCGAGCCCGGCGCCCUCCGCCGCCCGAUGGGCUGGGCCGAGGAGCGUCUCCGCAGUCGCAGGUGCAGCCGCCGUCCCCACAGCCUGAGCGGCGGCGGCAGUGGCUUCCGCAGCGCUCGCCGCAGCAACAGCAGCCGCCGCGUAACCCUUUGCUCUUUGCAGAAUGGCCCGCUUCGGAGACGAGAUGCCGGGCCGCUACGGCGCCGGCGGAGGAGGCUCGGGGCCGGCCGCCGGGGUGGUCGUGGGCGCCGCGGGCCGAGGAGCCGGGGGCAGCCGGCAGGGCGCGCAACCGGGGGCGCAGAGGAUGUACAAGCAGUCGAUGGCGCAGAGAGCGCGGACCAUGGCCCUCUACAACCCCAUCCCUGUCCGCCAGAACUGCCUCACGGUCAACCGCUCCCUGUUCCUCUUCAGCGAAGACAACGUGGUGAGAAAAUACGCCAAAAAGAUCACGGAAUGGCCUCCCUUUGAAUAUAUGAUCCUCGCCACCAUCAUUGCGAACUGUAUUGUCCUGGCCCUGGAGCAGCACCUCCCAGACGAUGACAAGACCCCAAUGUCUGAGCGGCUGGAUGACACAGAACCAUACUUCAUUGGAAUCUUUUGUUUUGAGGCUGGAAUUAAGAUCAUCGCUCUGGGCUUUGCCUUCCACAAAGGCUCCUACCUGAGGAAUGGCUGGAAUGUGAUGGACUUCGUGGUGGUGCUAACGGGGAUCUUGGCCACUGUUGGGACGGAGUUUGACCUGCGGACACUGAGGGCAGUUCGUGUACUGCGACCACUCAAGCUAGUGUCUGGAAUCCCAAGUUUACAAGUCGUCCUGAAGUCAAUCAUGAAGGCGAUGAUCCCUCUGCUGCAGAUCGGCCUCCUCCUGUUUUUUGCAAUCCUUAUUUUUGCAAUCAUAGGGUUAGAAUUUUAUAUGGGAAAAUUUCAUACCACCUGCUUUGAAGAGGGGACAGACGACAUCCAGGGUGAGUCUCCAGCUCCCUGUGGGACAGAGGAGCCUGCUCGCACCUGCCCCAAUGGGACCAAGUGUCAGCCAUACUGGGAAGGGCCCAACAAUGGGAUCACACAGUUCGACAACAUCCUGUUUGCUGUGCUCACAGUUUUCCAGUGCAUCACCAUGGAAGGCUGGACUGAUCUCCUCUACAACAGCAAUGAUGCCUCAGGGAACACUUGGAACUGGUUGUACUUCAUCCCCCUCAUCAUCAUCGGCUCCUUUUUUAUGCUGAAUCUCGUGCUCGGUGUGCUGUCUGGGGAGUUUGCCAAAGAAAGGGAGCGUGUGGAGAAUCGGAGGGCUUUUCUGAAACUGAGAAGACAGCAGCAGAUUGAACGAGAGCUCAAUGGGUACAUGGAGUGGAUAUCAAAAGCAGAGGAGGUGAUCCUUGCUGAGGACGAGACAGAUGUGGAGCAGAGGCACCCCUUUGAUGUUGGAGCUCUUCGGAGAGCCACUAUAAAGAAAAGCAAGACAGACCUGCUCAAUCCUGAGGAGGCUGAGGACCAGCUGGCAGACAUUGCCUCUGUAGGGUCUCCCUUCGCCCGAGCCAGCAUUAAAAGUGCCAAGCUGGAGAACUCAACCUUUUUUCACAAAAAGGAGAGGAGGAUGCGCUUCUACAUCCGCCGAAUGGUCAAAACUCAGGCCUUCUACUGGACCGUGCUCAGUCUGGUCGCUCUCAACACGCUGUGUGUCGCCAUUGUCCACUACAACCAGCCCGAGUGGCUCUCAGACUUCCUCUACUAUGCAGAAUUCAUUUUCUUAGGACUCUUUAUGUCCGAAAUGUUUAUAAAAAUGUACGGGCUUGGGACACGGCCUUAUUUCCACUCCUCCUUCAACUGCUUUGACUGUGGGGUCAUCAUCGGGAGCAUCUUUGAAGUCAUAUGGGCUGUCAUAAAACCUGGCACAUCUUUUGGAAUCAGCGUGUUACGAGCUCUCAGGUUAUUGCGUAUUUUCAAAGUCACAAAGUACUGGGCGUCUCUCCGAAACUUGGUUGUCUCUCUUCUCAACUCCAUGAAGUCUAUCAUAAGUUUGUUGUUCCUCCUCUUCCUGUUCAUUGUCGUCUUCGCCCUCUUGGGAAUGCAGCUGUUUGGUGGCCAGUUCAAUUUUGAUGAAGGAACUCCUCCCACUAACUUUGACACUUUCCCAGCAGCAAUAAUGACCGUGUUUCAGAUCCUGACAGGUGAGGACUGGAACGAGGUCAUGUACGACGGGAUCAAGUCUCAGGGGGGCGUGCAGGGUGGUAUGGUGUUCUCUAUCUACUUCAUCGUACUCACCCUCUUUGGGAACUACACCCUACUGAAUGUGUUCUUGGCUAUCGCAGUGGACAACCUGGCCAACGCCCAGGAGCUCACCAAGGAUGAACAAGAAGAGGAAGAGGCAGCCAACCAGAAACUGGCACUACAGAAAGCCAAGGAGGUGGCGGAAGUGAGUCCCUUGUCUGCAGCCAACAUGUCCAUAGCUGUGAAGGAGCAGAAGAACCAGAAGCCAGCCAAGUCGGUGUGGGAGCAGCGCACCAGCGAGAUGCGCAAGCAGAACCUGCUGGCCAGCCGGGAAGCACUGUAUGGGGAUGCGGCGGAGCGCUGGCCCGCGCCCUACGCGCGCCCGUUGCGGCCGGACGUCAAGACGCACUUGGACCGGCCGCUCGUGGUGGACCCGCAGGAGAACCGCAACAACAAUACUAACAAGAGCCGGGCGGCCGAGCGUGCUUCCGAUGCGCUGCGACCGAGCUUGCGGCCCCGGGAGCGCGGGCGCGAACCCGACGCCCGGCGCGCCUGGCCCGGCAGCCCCGAGCGCGCACCUGGUCGCCAUGCUCACCAGCAGGGAGCAGACGGGGAGCUGCGCCGCCAUCGCGCGCGCCGCAGGGCCGGGGACGAGCCCGACGACAGGCCCGAGCGCAGGCAGCGGCCCCGCGACGCCACCAGGCCACCUCGCACCGGGGAGGACGACGGCGAGCGCAGGCGACGCCACCGCCACGGGCAGCCCGCCGCCUACGACGACAAGGAGCGGCGCCACCGGCGCAGGAAAGAGAAUCAGAGUUCUGGAGUCCCUGUGUCUGGUCCUAACCUAUCCACCACCAGGCCAAUCCAGCAGGACCUGGGCCGUCAAGACCCACCAUUGGCGGAGGACAUUGACAACAUGAAGAACAACAAGCUGGCCACUGGGGAAUCGGUCAGUCCCCAUGACAGCCUUAGUCACAGUGGCCUGCCCCAGAGCCCAUCCAAGAUUGGCAACAGCGCCAACCUAGGCCCUGUGCCUGGCCCUCCCACCUCAGCCACCAACCCUCAGAAUGCUGCCAGCCGCAGGACACCCAACAACCCGGGGAACCCAUCCAACCCCGGUCUCCCAAAGACCCCUGAGAACAGCCUUAUCGUCACCAACCCCAGCAGCACCCAGCCCAACUCAGCAAAGACUGCCAGGAAACUUGAACACACGGUGGUGGACAUCCCCCAAGCCUGUCCACCCCUCAACCACACUGUUGUCCAAGUGAACAAAAAUGCCAACCCAGACCCACUGCCAAAGAAAGAGGAAGAGAAGAAGGAGGAGGAGGCAGACACUGGGGAGGACGGCCCCAAGCCUAUGCCACCCUACAGUUCCAUGUUCAUCCUCUCCACUACCAACCCCCUGCGCCGGCUGUGCCAUUACAUCCUAAACCUGCGCUACUUUGAGAUGUGCAUCCUCAUGGUCAUCGCCAUGAGCAGCAUCGCACUGGCCGCCGAGGACCCUGUGCAGCCCAAUGCACCCCGCAACAACGUGCUACGAUAUUUUGACUAUGUCUUUACAGGCGUGUUUACGUUUGAGAUGGUCAUCAAGAUGAUCGACCUGGGGCUUGUCCUGCAUCAGGGAGCCUACUUCCGUGACCUGUGGAACAUUCUGGACUUCAUAGUGGUCAGUGGGGCGUUGGUGGCCUUUGCUUUCACUGGCAACAGCAAAGGAAAGGACAUCAACACCAUUAAGUCCCUCCGGGUCCUCCGUGUGCUACGACCUCUUAAAACUAUCAAGCGCCUGCCAAAGCUCAAGGCUGUGUUUGAUUGCGUGGUGAACUCACUCAAAAAUGUCUUCAACAUCCUCAUCGUGUACAUGCUGUUCAUGUUCAUCUUCGCUGUGGUGGCUGUGCAGCUCUUCAAGGGCAAGUUCUUCCACUGCACUGAUGAGUCCAAGGAGUUCGAAAGGGACUGCCGUGGCAAGUACCUCUUGUAUGAGAAGAAUGAGGUGAAGGCGCGCGACCGGGAGUGGAAGAAGUACGAGUUCCACUACGACAAUGUGCUCUGGGCCCUGCUCACCCUCUUCACAGUGUCCACGGGGGAAGGCUGGCCGCAGGUCUUGAAGCACUCAGUGGAUGCCACCUUCGAGAACCAGGGCCCCAGCCCUGGAUAUCGUAUGGAGAUGUCAAUCUUCUAUGUGGUCUACUUCGUGGUAUUCCCCUUCUUCUUUGUGAACAUCUUUGUGGCCUUGAUCAUCAUCACCUUCCAAGAGCAGGGGGACAAAAUGAUGGAGGAGUACAGUCUGGAGAAAAACGAGAGGGCCUGCAUUGACUUCGCCAUCAGUGCCAAGCCACUGACCCGGCACAUGCCUCAGAACAAGCAGAGCUUCCAGUACCGCAUGUGGCAGUUUGUGGUAUCCCCACCCUUUGAAUACACCAUCAUGGCCAUGAUCGCACUCAAUACCAUCGUGCUGAUGAUGAAGUUCUAUGGCGCCUCAGUAGCUUAUGAGAAUGCCCUGCGUGUGUUCAACAUCGUCUUUACCUCCCUCUUCUCUCUGGAGUGUGUACUCAAAGUCAUGGCUUUUGGGAUUCUGAAUUAUUUCCGCGAUGCCUGGAACAUCUUCGACUUUGUGACUGUUCUGGGCAGCAUCACAGACAUCCUCGUCACCGAGUUUGGGAAUCCGAAUAACUUCAUCAACCUGAGUUUUCUCCGCCUCUUCCGAGCUGCCCGGCUCAUCAAACUCCUCCGGCAGGGCUACACCAUCCGCAUUCUCCUCUGGACCUUCGUGCAGUCCUUCAAGGCCCUGCCGUAUGUCUGCCUGCUGAUUGCCAUGCUCUUCUUCAUCUACGCCAUCAUUGGGAUGCAGGUGUUUGGCAAUAUCGGCAUUGACAUGGAGGAUGAGGACAGUGAUGAGGACGAGUUCCAAAUCACGGAGCACAAUAACUUCCGAACGUUCUUCCAGGCGCUCAUGCUUCUCUUCCGGAGCGCCACAGGGGAAGCAUGGCACAACAUCAUGCUAUCCUGCCUCAGUGGGAAGCCAUGCGACAGGAACUCCGGCAUCCACACUGCCGACUGUGGCAAUGAGUUUGCGUACUUCUACUUUGUCUCCUUCAUCUUCCUCUGCUCCUUCCUGAUGCUGAAUCUCUUUGUUGCCGUCAUCAUGGACAACUUUGAAUACCUCACCCGAGACUCCUCCAUCCUGGGCCCCCACCACUUGGAUGAAUACGUGCGUGUCUGGGCCGAGUAUGACCCGGCUGCUUGGGGUCGCAUGCCUUACCCGGACAUGUAUCAGAUGCUGAGACACAUGUCCCCGCCCCUGGGCCUGGGGAAGAAGUGCCCGGCCAGAGUGGCUUACAAGCGGCUCCUGAGGAUGGACCUGCCUGUGGCCGAUGACAACACCGUCCACUUCAACUCUACACUCAUGGCUCUGAUUCGAACUGCCCUGGAUAUCAAGAUUGCCAAGGGCGGAGCCGACAAGCAGCAGAUGGAUGCAGAGCUCCGAAAGGAAAUGAUGGCCAUUUGGCCCAAUCUGUCCCAGAAGACCUUGGAUCUGCUGGUCACACCUCACAAAUCCACUGACCUGACUGUGGGAAAGAUCUACGCAGCUAUGAUGAUCAUGGAAUACUACCGGCAGAGCAAAGCCAAGAAGCAGGAGGCCAUGCGAGAGGAGCAGAACCGGACGCCUCUCAUGUUCCAGCGCAUGGAGCCCCCAUCACCAACACAGGAGGGAGGAUCCAGCCAGAAUGCCCUCCCCUCUGCCCAGCUGGACCCAGGAGUAAGCCUGAUGGCUCAUGAAAGCAGCAUGAAAGAGAGCCCAUCCUGGGUGACACAGAGGGCCCAAGAGAUGUUCCAAAAGACCGGCACAUGGAGCCCUGAGCGAGAGCCCCCCAGUGACAUGCCUAACAGCCAGCCCAACUCCCAGUCCGUGGAGAUGCGAGAGAUGGGCACUGAUGGCUACUCUGACAGCGAGCACUACCUCCCCAUGGAAGGCCAGGCACGGGCCGCCUCCAUGCCCCGCCUCCCUGCAGAGAACCAGAGGAGACGGGGCCGGCCACGUGGGAAUAACCUCAGUACCAUCUCUGACACCAGCCCCAUGAAGCGCUCAGCCUCCGUGCUGGGCCCCAAAGCCCGGCGCCUGGACGACUACUCAUUGGAGCGGGUGCCACCAGAGGAGAACCAACGGUACCACCAACGACGCAGGGACCGUGGCCACCGGGCCUCUGAGCGUUCUCUGGGCCGCUACACUGAUGUGGACACAGGUUUGGGUACGGAUCUGAGCAUGACCACCCAAUCCGGGGACCUGCCAUCCAAAGAUCAGGAGCGGGGCCGGCCCAAGGACCGGAAGCAUCGACAACACCAUCACCACCACCACCACCACCAUCCCCCGCCUGCUGACAAGGAGCGUUAUGUCCAGGAGCGGCCCGACGUGGGCCGGGCCCGGGCCCGGGACCAACGCUGGUCCCGCUCGCCCAGCGAGGGCCGAGAGCACGCGGCACACCGGCAGGGCAGUAGUUCCGUCAGUGGAAGCCCAGCCCCCUCAACAUCUGGCACCAGCACUCCGCGGCGCGGCCGCCGCCAGCUCCCCCAGACCCCCUGCACCCCGCGGCCUCUCGUGUCCUACUCCCCAGCGGUGCGCAGGGCCGGCCGCGUGCGCCGCCUGCCGGGCCCCGGCCACCGCCCGGGCGCACCGGCAGCCGGAGGGUCCCAGCCCUCUGACCCUUCGUCGCCCCGCCACGGCCGCAGGCUCCCGAACGGCUACUACCCGGUGCACGGCGCGCCGCGGCCCCGCGCGCCCCGGAGAGGCCCGCACGACGCCUACAGCGAGAGCGAGGAUGACUGGUGCUAAGGCCGGGGCGCCGCUCUGCUCAGGGCCACCGCCCGGGCGCACCGGCAGCCGGAGGGUCCCAGCCCUCUGACCCUUCGGGAGACCUUGGAGAAAGACGAAAAUAAUAAACUAGCAUUUUUAACAAAAAGAACAAAAAACCGGGGAGAAAACCAGAAAUAGCUUCUAUUGAUGAGUUUUAUCAUCUCAAUCAAAUCUUUCCUUUUCCCUGGUGAACGAAACAAGGUGACUGCAGGUGGUGAAACGAGCACAGACGCCCACGCCACACCUCAGACCCACCGGAGUGCUUGCCGGCCACGCCAAACCUAUUACUGCCUGCAGAGGUCAACUACAAGAAAGUAACAAGCGAUUUUAAAAAGGACAAAAAAAGAUUAAGAAAAAAAAAAAAGCAUUUUUUUUCUCUGACAUUUGGUCCUGCUUGACAUAACAAAAGAAAAAAAGAAAAAAAAAAUGACCACCACCACUGAUUCCCUGGCUUCAUUUUUUCCUUUAUCUUUUUAAAAAAAAAUUUUUUUUUUUUUCCUACCUUGUUUGAACAAAGCGAGGGCUUGGGACUGUGAAUUAUUGCAUGACAUUUAAAAGAACAAAAAAAUAAUAAAAGGCAAAAAAGUUGAAUCCAA